GCAUCCCGGUUUAGUUUACCUUCUUAUGAUGUGUGCAUAGGUUGGUUAGUACGAAAUUGGUUCGACUUUCAUUGAUACGGUACAAUUCGAUUGAUGAAUUAUUGGUACGUCUGUGAGACUUGAACGCUUGAACCUUGAAAUUGUCGUAACUCUUUGGAGAGAAAAAAAUAAUCCAGACUGCUGUUGCUGCUGAUAGACCUGUAGAAGGAGAUAUCCUACAAGUUUCUUGUGGGUCUGACCACUUCCGAACACCGGCUAGCGUUUGCAGAAGAAAAAUAUAUACUGCUUCAUGGCUGUCACGGUUAGUCAGGUCGUCCCGGUGGCGAUCGGCGUCCUGGCGGUGGUCGCUGGCGCGGUAAUCGCCAACUAUCUCCUGAACAGCAAAAAAGACAAAUCCAACAAAGCGAGCAAAUCGGACGGGAAGAAAUCCGUCGAGCCACGCACUCUGGUUGACUCUCAGGAGAAAUAUAUGCUGCCACUGGUCGAGAAGGAGGAAAUCAGCCACGACACCCGACGGUUCCGGUUCGGCCUCCCUUCGGCGCAGCACGUGCUGGGGCUUCCGGUGGGGCAGCACAUUCACCUGUCGGCCACCAUCAAUGAGGGGCUGGUGAUACGUGCGUACACUCCGGUUUCCUGUGACGACGAUCAUGGCUUUGUGGAUUUGGUUAUCAAGGUGUACAAGCGGGGUGUUCAUCCGAAGUUUCCCGAGGGUGGAAAGAUGUCGCAACAUUUGGAAAGUUUAGCCAUCGGGGAUACGAUCGCCUUCAGAGGCCCCUCUGGUCGGCUGCAGUAUCUGGGCAAUGGAAAGUUCUCCAUCAAGAAGCUCCGAAAAGACCCGGCGCAAAUUUACGAGGCUAAUAAAGUUAGUCUGAUUGCGGGUGGUACCGGCAUUACUCCGAUGUUGCAGCUGAUUCGUGAAGUGUUGAAGCACGCUGACACCGACAAGACGCAAUUAUCGCUGAUUUUCGCCAAUCAGAUGCCGCUGAAUGACAAAAAGAGGAUGGACAGACAACGUUGGAAGAAGGAGGAGUUUGAAAGAGCAACGCAGGCCAUCGAGAACGGAUUUUCUUUGACCAAGCAUCAAAAGUGUUUGAAAAUGCUCGUCCAACAGUGAAAAAAAAUCAUGCAGAAUUCGAGAUUGUCUCAAUCCAACUUUUCUGGUCUGGGAUCUGGCCAAGACACCUGGUAUCGACAUUGUUACUGAUUGUAACAUUAUCCCAAAAUACUUUACAUAAACAUAAGUAUGUUUUUUUCGAUGAAACACACACUGGACCAAAUCACCCCACAGACGGUCCAAAUCACCCGCAUUAAAUUUUAAUGUCCAAAAAUCAUCUCUUUUAUUUUAUGAUAUAUUUAGUGGAUUGAAGCUUUAUAUAAUGAUUGAACAUUAAUUAUUUAAAGAAAACAAGUGUAGCUCAGUAUACAAUGUGACAUUUUCUAUUUAGACUGUAUUGGUUUGGAGAUAUUAGGCGAUUUGCUUAGGUGGUCCAAAUUCCCCCCUUUUCCCCUACCGAGAAUUCCAGAGUGACCUGAAAUCCAGCAAAAGGAGAUAUUGUUCUCUAAUGCGAACAAUGCGAAUUAUUUUUUUCCGUUCUUCCGUUUCCCGGAAAAUGACAAAAAAUCUAAAAAGCGCCAAACAAAAACAUUGGCCAAUACCUACGUUUUUGUUCCUGUAUGAAGUUCAAUCCAAUGCUUUUAUUCCUACAUCACAAUGUGUGAUCUUUUAUCAAAGUAAUAUUCUAGAAAAGUUUACAUAUUUUCAUAUUUGGUAAGGCUUUGUUUUUUGUUAGGUUAUGUGAGGUUAUGUACUUUCCGCACAUAGUUGCUUUGAAUCUAUUUUUAUGCCCAAAAAAGUGAUACAAAUUUGAAUGAAAUUGAUAGUAGGUGGUAGCUAAUAGAGCCAUGAAAAAUUAUCGAAGUUACUGUUCGAUUUUUCGAACGCUUGGCAUAAAACGGGUUAAUAUGGUUAUGUUUUGGAGAAAACUGAUAUUCCCUCUACGAAUGAAGCUUAAUGGGUGUAAUGCAUGCAUGGAUGUGUAAUAAAAACGACUUCAUGGAACAAUUUGCUUUACAAAAAAUAUAAUUAUUAGAAAAUAAAAUGAAUUCCGUAAGGAGUCACGCAUGAAUUCCACUUUUUUUAGCAAAACAAUUUUUUUGCAUGUAAUUUUCUUUUAGCGUCGAUUUCUCGUUGUAGCGGCGUCAAUAGCUUUAUUGUAUUGGGCCACCACCUGUGGCCUUAAAUUUUCGCUUGUUGUGUGCUAGUGGUUUCUUUACCUUUCACCUCAUGUCAAUCCAAAUCUGUAAUUUAAAAAAAAAUCGUUAUUGUUUUGCAAGACAUUUCAGCUUUAGCAUAUGGUAUAGAAAGUUUGCAUAUAGUAUAAAAAAGAAAAUUACUGACAAAAGUAACACGUACUAAUGUACGCUAGCAGGAAUAAGUAAUUUUUAGGUAGGAAAUACGGUUGAUAGUAAUUCAAAGAAUAUAACAAAAUUUACUUAUGAAGUUAUAAGUAUCGUAGAAGAAAUACUUACUUUCUGCCAUUCUUAACCAAGACACAUUGAUGGUCUCAGUGCAUCAAUCUCCUCACUGAAUUCCUCCCACUUUUCCUUAACAGGGAUUCUAUUUGAACUGCCUCCAAAAAAAACUCGAGCAAUGUUUACAUUCGCUUUCAUUGGUUCAACGAGUCGUACUGGUGGUGAUUUGUCUGUCCAUUCAUUUUCAGCCACUGAAAUAUGCGCUGGAAGUAAAUUCUGCAUUGUAAUUUACAACAUGAUUAAUACAAAUAAUGAUGGAUUGAACACUUACCUAUUCUGGCAGCACCGUAAAACAAAUGCUGAUCAAAACAAACGAACAUGUGUUGAAAAUUGCAUAUAUUUAAGCGUUUCUGAAAUGUUUCCCAAAGGAAAGUAUCAGGGACACAAACCAAAACAAAAUAAUUCUCUGAAGAUAUGCGAAAAGCGAAUCAAACAACUCGAAAAUUUCUGACACUUGCAUCGAUAGCUAUCACUCGCUCGGUGCUAUUGAAUUGCUCGAUUUCUAUAAUAGUAAAAUAGAGCUAACGAGCAAAAUUCUUAUCGCCUCGAUUUCUAUAAUAGGGACCAUUAAUUCUUUUAACAUCAU